AUGGGGAAAUUUUCACCUAAGUCUGCUUUCAUCGUCCUUUUAGCUUUUACUGUGAUGAUAUCCGUAACACAUCAGAUUGUUGAGGCGAAACGUAUGUUACAUGAAGAAAAAUCUCUGCCGUUAUUGGAUCUUCAAGUUUCCAAGCUGGUUAACCCACAAAUGGUUGGAUUUUCCAAACAUGUGAAGAAGGCUUCACGAGGACGGCCAUUGAAGAUAAGAAAGCUCGGUAACAUUCCAAGUGGAAGUGGAACAUUUUGGAGCCCCUACAUAGAUCGGCCUUUUGAAGUCUUUGGAAACAGAUUUUAUGAUAGAUGCAUCAACAACAUCUUCGUCACCGUCAUCAAGGACCUGAAGGAGGGAAUUCAGAGUUUCUUUGAAACCUAG